GAAGUUUACUUCCGGGGUCAAAGUUGACAUCGUCCUCCAUGUGCGAAGAUGGCGGUGUUAUGGUAGCAUGAGUUCAACCACAAGAAUACGACGUUUAUAAGCUCUUUUCUGGGAUAAACUAUUAACUUUAAGUUGUAGGGAACUUGGUAUUGCUUAACACACUUUCAACGGUUUUACUUGUAGCCAUUUCGGUUGUUUUUUUUAUUACGAUACCCUGCCGUGCUAUCCCGUGCUAGCAGCACUUUGCUUUUUGUUUUGUUUUUACUUAUUUAUUAAUUUAUUGUCCAGUUAUUGUUGUCAGAUGGCCUAGGAGGGCAUGUUUGUUUCCAGACUGCCUUUCAGCUCCCUGGUUUGCAGCACACGGACUUCAGCGAAAGGGGGUCUUUUUCCUACUUUCCGUUGCAACAUGAGCGAGGCGUCCCGGAAGGAAGCGGCUGACAAUUUAUUGAAAAGGUCCAAAGAGGAGAACGAGGGCGGCGAAGCCAACAAAAGAAGAAAAACGGAGGGAGAACUGGGCGAAGAUGAAAAGCGAUACCCCAAAAAGAAAGUGGCCCUCCUCAUGGCGUACUGUGGGAAGGGCUACUACGGGAUGCAGAGGAAUUCAGGGAACACUCAGUUCAGGACAAUAGAAGACGAUCUUGUCACAGCUCUCGUCAGUUCCGGCUGCAUCCCCGAAAACCACGGAGACGAGAUGAAGAAGAUGUCCUUCCAAAGAUGUGCCCGCACUGAUAAGGGCGUGUCUGCGGCCGGCCAAGUGGUGUCUCUGAAGGUGCGACUCAUUGACGACAUCUUGGACAAGAUCAACGAGCAUCUUCCACCUCAAAUCAGGAUUCUAGGUGUGAAGCGAGUGACCCAAGGCUUCAACUCUAAGAACAAAUGUGACGCCCGCACGUACUCCUACAUGCUGCCCACCGUUGCCUUCUCUCCCAAAGACUUCGACACGGCCGAGGCUUCGGCCUUCCGCCUGGACCCGCCCACGCAUCAGCGCGUCAACUUCCUGUUUGCGCGCUACCAUGGAACGCACAACUUCCACAACUUCACGUCUCAGAAGGCGCCGAGCGACCCCAGCGCCCGGCGCUACAUCAUGGAGAUGUCCUGCGGCGAGCCUUUUGUCCUCGACGGCGCCGAGUUCGCCGUCAUCAAGGUGCGAGGCCAGAGCUUCAUGAUGCACCAGAUCCGCAAGAUGAUCGGGCUGGUGAUCGCCGUGGUGAAAGGGUACGCCCCAGAGGACGUGCUAGAGCGCAGCUGGGGGAAAGAGAAGGUGGACGUGCCCAAAGCUCCGGGACUUGGCCUGGUACUGGAGAGGGUCCACUUCGACAGGUACAACAUGCGCUUUGGCGGGGACGGACUGCACGAGCGCCUGGAAUGGGAGGGCGAAGAGGACGCCAUUAAAGCCUUCAAGAAGACGCACAUCUACCCCAGCAUCGUGGAGACGGAGUGCCAGGAGGGCUCCAUGCUCAGCUGGAUGGCCACGCUGCCCAUACACGACUUCCACGGCACCGCCACCGCCAAUCAGGACAGCCAGCAGCUUCUAGAAGAUGCAAAUCAUUCGGAUUAAGAAGACUUCUGGUUCUCACAUGAAAACAUUUCUUCCUCUUACACUUGAAAUUACUCACCAUUUUUCAUUAGUUACCAUUUCUCCUUGCUCUAAUACGCACUGUUGUACACAUUACAACAAUAAAAGCUUUCUUUUGA